AUGGAAUCAAAUGGAACGCGCAAAGGGCCGCUGCCUGGAGGUCGCCAGGGCGCGUCUGGAGCUGGCGCUGGACGCGACAGCAUGCGAACCGCCAGCCGAGCGCGAGGUGCUGCACGACCACCCAGCAGCUCCUCGCAUCCAUCAUCCCCACCAGCUGGCUUGGUGUCGGCAGGGUCUUCGCGGGCUCAGCAAUCGGCACCCGCCACUGGUGGAGUACGCCGCAUGCGUUGGACAACCCAGAUGAACAGCAACGCAUUGCGGGCGUAUUUUAGGGCGAAAGGGGGAGAAACUGGAGGUUUUGCGUAUCGGGCAAGGAUGCAUCGACUUUUUGCUGAGCUGGAGCCAUCUGUAACCGUCACCGAGCAAAGCCUGGCAGACCGAGUUCGGUAUAUCUUGCGCUCAAAUACAAUUGAUGUCUCCGAACUCGAACGGCUACGACGACGUGAGGCUGUUCCUUCAUCGGGUGAAAAUGCUGCGGCUGAGGAUGCGGCGCCACAACUUGCUGAGCAAACGGCAAAUGUGGAUGCCGCCGUGAAUACGCCAGUUGUUGUUGACUCAAACGAUGAUGGAAUAGUCGCCCAGGAACUGGAACUAGAGCAAAUGAGGAGUACAUUGGAAGAGGCGAUUGUGGAAACGCGCAGUACGACUCUCGAAAAUCGACCGUGA